CUCGCUUGUUUCCUGACUUCAAAUAGGAUACACGCUUUUGAAACAUUUCGCAUGGUCUCUUUUAGCUUUGACUUUCAUCGACGUCAGCGGCUUGCGGGCGAGCGAAUUGAUGGCUACAUAGAGCUGGACAUCCCCGGCCUCACAAAGGCGAAGAUCGAGGAUGUUCGCUUGGAACUCAAGGGUGCACUUUACGUAGUGCCCGCGAAAACAAAGUCAACGGCGUCACCAACGGUCGUUGAUGCUGCUCGCCCGGUGCGAUCAGUCAACACCAAGGUGAAGCCAACAGUGAGUUUGUUUUCCGAGGGCAUGUCCGUGUGGCAUCAAGGCGUGACGUCUCCCGACGCACUCCGCGCGCCCUUUUCCUUCUUCCUACCGCCCGAUCUUCCUCCCACAUGUGAGGUCAUCUGUUCUCAUUGGGCAGGAUCCGUCGUAUACUCUUUGAUAAUCACUGCGAAACGAGGCUCGUCGAAGAGUCAGGUCAUCGAGGAGCAUAUCACUGUCAUCCCAGGCAGUAGGAAGGGCGCCACUAUUCACGCGGCUCUCAGCGCGGGACCCUGGGAAGGGAACUGGAAGACUGUGCAUGCAGAGAGGGAGAUACGCAGAGGAUUAUGGGGCGAGUACUCGCAUGUCGCCGCAUCACUCUCCCUUCCCGCGAGCGAACUAUUUCCCACGAAUACCGAUAUUCCCCUCAUAUUGCGCAUCGUCACGACGUCGAGAGUAAUGGACGCCACCGAGGAGAACGAGGCGCAGGCAGGACACAUCUUUCCCGCACCACCGGCGCGCUUCCCCAACCUGGACUUCCGACUGGAGCGCUCCACGUGCUGUGCGAAAGAGAAGGCCGCGCCCAGCUGCGAUCUCCUCAACCAUUUCGACUGCUUCAAACCGGAGAGAUUUACGGUAGACGAAAAGAAGGCUUGGCGGCCACUGUCGCAGCACGGCGACGAGGACAAUGGGAAGGGCCGCUGGAGGCAGGAGGCAACUUUCAAGUCGACGUUCAAGCUCGAGUGUGUGCCUUCGUUUCACAGGGAAGAGAUGGAGCUGACGUAUGGUGUGCGAUUGAAGGUUGCGUUUCCUGGAAUCGGCAACAACAUCGCGCUUGAAUUUCCGAUGGAGAUAGUCUCCUUUAAAGCUCCACCUAAAGAUGUACCGCCUGCCUUGCCACCGAAAGAUUAGCUAGCCUUGCUGUGCCGAGCUAUUCUCUGCGCGCUUGCGACAUAGUUCAUGGACCUCGUGAUGACGUUUAAGCAAAACUACACUAUCAUUUUCGCACAAAGGCCGGUCAGCUCUGCACAAAAUAUGCGUGCUGCAGACAUCACAGCUACACUUUAUGCGCCUUUCCAUGAUCUUGCUGCGCAGCUCACUGUGCAUCUAUUGUAUCUACAGACAGCCAGGACCUUGUAACUAUAAUGUAACAACAAUGUUGAUAAAUCUGGCUCAUUAUUCAC